UAGCUCAGUCCCGCCCACCCAGAAAGUGACGUCACGCCUAUUGAACACCGGAGCUUUGCUCUCACUUCGUCCUCACUUUCACAACAACAAUGUCCGUCACGGAGGUUUUGUUGGGGCUUCCGUCGGCCUGCUUUGUGCAGUACUCAAUCGCUCUGCUUUGCCUCCUGGCUGUCGUCUACAAAGCCAUCGUCCUGCUUCAACGCAGACAACAAGCCUCUCGGAUCGACGAGGUGUUCCUGGGACCACCGAGACAUUGGUUGUUCGGACACGCCCUCCAGUUCAAACACGAUGGGACUGACUUUGACACGGUGGUGAAGUGGGGGGUGCAGUACCCCUAUGGAUUCCCUGUGUGGUUCGGUCCCCUUGUUUGUUACUUCAACAUCCACCAUCCAGAUUAUGUAAAAAGCAUACUGACGACAACAGAGCCAAAAGAUGAUUUUUUGUAUACCUUCCUACAGACCUGGAUUGGCGACGGCUUACUGGUGUCUAACGGUCAGAAAUGGUUCCGCCACAGGAGGCUCCUGACGCCGGGUUUCCAUUACGAUGUGCUGAAAUCGUACACAAGGCCGAUGUCGGAUUCGGCCACCGCGAUGUUGGACAAAUGGGAGCUUUAUUCAAGCAGCGGCGAGUCCUUUGAGCUGUUCAAACAUGUGAGCCUCAUGGCGCUGGACAGCAUUCUGAAGUGCGCGUUCAGCUACGACAGCAACUGUCAGACCGAGAGCGGAACAAACAUCUACAUCAAAUCCGUGUACGAGCUCGCUGAUUUGAUCAACUUGCGCCUGCGGAUCUUUCCUUACCACAACAACCUCGUAUUCUACCUCAGCCCGCAUGGCUUCAGGUACAGGAGAGCUUGCAAGGUGGCUCACAGUCAUACAGAGGACGUGAUAAAAAAGCGCAAAGAAGCAUUGAAGGAAGAGGCGAAGCCUGAGAACAUCAAAAAGAAGAGGAACAUGGACUUUUUGGACAUUCUUCUCUUAGCAAGAGAUGAGGACCAGCAGGGACUAUCGGAUGAAGACAUACGAGCGGAAGUGGACACCUUCAUGUUCGAGGGCCAUGACACAACCGCCAGUGGCAUUUCCUUCAUCCUCUACACCCUCGCCUGCCACCCGGUACACCAGCAGAAGUGCAGGGACGAGGUCACUCAGGUCAUGGACGGCAAGGACAACAUUGAGUGGGAGGACCUCAGCAAAUUGCCGUACACCACCAUGUGCAUUAAAGAAUCCCUCAGGCUAUACCCGCCUGUGCCGGGAAUGGGCAGAAAAACGACCAAACCCAUUACUUUUUUCGAUGGACGGACUUUGCCAGCAGGGUCAUUAGUUGGGACAAGUGUGUUUGCACUGCACAGGAAUUCAACGGUUUGGGAGAACCCUCAUGUGUUUGACCCACUUCGGUUCCUGCCAGAGAACACUUCCCAGAGGUCUCCACAUGCAUUCGUGCCGUUCUCCGCCGGGCCCAGGAACUGCAUCGGUCAGAACUUCGCCAUGAACGAGAUGAAAGUGGUGGUGGCUUUGACGCUGAGGAGGUUCCACCUGAUGGAGGACCCCGCCAUGAAGCCCAGGCUCAUCCCUCGACUGGUGCUUCGCUCCAUCAACGGCAUCCACGUCAGGAUCAAAGCGGUGGAUACUUGAGACCUCCACUACGACUGAUUCAUUGAAUUUCUUAAGAAAAUACCACACAUGCAAAAAUAAAGUCAACACUACAAUAAAAAAUUCUAAACAUUUUACAGUAUAA